AUGUUAUCGCUCCCAAGAGAGGGAUUCACAAUUGACUUCGUGGCCAAGUUAGUCCGAUGCACCAUCCUGAAUCCUGCCAUAAUUAUUUUGCUGGCCAUAGGCUCAUACUUUGCAUCAUCCAAUUUAAACUGGAAUCACAGAUCAGACGCACUUGGAUUACACAUCUACUACCUAACUGCCUUUGGCCUUCUUUUGCAUCUGACUGACUUUUUGAACACACGAUACAACAAUAACUGGACCACCGACCCAGGGUGGGACUGGAACAACGAGAUUGUUGUCAUCACAGGAGGCAGCAGUGGAAUUGGAGCCCAUCUUGCUCAAAAUUUGCAUUCUCGGAAUCCAAACACCAAGGUCAUUAUCAUCGAUUAUGUCCCAUUGACCUGGGAACCACUUGAAGAUGCAUACACAAAGUACUACCAAUGCGACCUCAGUAACAGCUCCCAGAUUCGCCUCAUCUGUGAACAAAUUCGAGCUGAAGUCGGCCACCCUACAGUUCUUGUCAACAACGCCGGUAUCUGUCGAGGUGCUACUGUCUGCGAUGGUUCAUACGCGGAUGUAGAGACUACCAUGCGGACAAACCUCAUCGCACCAUUCUUGCUGGUCAAGGAAUUUGGGCCAGAAAUGGUGCGUCGAAAUCACGGCCAUAUAAUCAAUAUCAGUUCAAUGAGUGCGUUUCUCCCGCCUGCUAAAGUGGCCGACUACGCCGCUACCAAGGCUGGGUUGAUAGCCUUGCAUGAGGCGCUUCAACUUGAGUUGAAGGAAUCUCCACGGGUCAGACUCUCACUAUUAGUUCUAAGUUUUACCCGCACUCCUUUGUUCAAGGGAGAGACAAAUCAGUCCAAUUUCUUGUUCCCACUAUUGCAUGUUGAGUCCGUCAGCGAGACGAUUGCGAAAACGCUGUGGACCGGCUACGGCAAGACAAUUUACAUGCCCGGAAUCAUGCGUUACAUCACGAUCCUAAAGGGCGGACCGGAAUGGCUGUGGCUCUUAGCAAGGAAAGGAACUGGCAGUACCCGGGUUGAUUUCAGAGGAAGACAGAAACUGGAUCCCAAGACAGGUUCAUUGCUUUAG